UUCUUUUUCUUUUUUUUCUUUUUUUAGGUUUCUGAGGUUAAACGAUGGCCAAUGCAGGUAUGCAGCUUCUCGGCUUCACGCUGGCUUUCCUGGGCUUCAUUGGCACAAUAGCAUCCACAGUCAUGGUAGAAUGGAAAGCUUCAUCCUAUGCAGGAGACAACAUCAUCACAGCUCAGGCAAUGUUUGAAGGGCUGUGGAAGAGCUGUGUAUCUCAGAGCACUGGUCAAAUUCAGUGUAAAGUGUAUGAUUCACUUCUCCAGCUCCCAGGGAUUGUACAAGGCACACGAGGGUUGAUGCUGGCCUCCGUCUUGCUGAGCGUUAUUUCUAUCAUGGUGGAGGUGGUGGGCAUGAGGUGCACCACCUGUAUGGCAGCAGACCCGAAGCAGAAGGAUAAAGUGGCUCUAGCUGGAGGGGUUAUCUUCAUUAUCGCCGGUCUGCUUGCUCUGGUGGGAACGUCUUGGUAUGGCCACAGAAUAGCACAGGAAUUCUACAACCCAUUCACUCCCACUAAUUCCAGGUAUGAAUUUGGAAGCGCCCUGUAUGUUGGAUGGGGAGCUGCCUGUCUCACUAUUAUUGGAGGGAGCUUCUUCUGCUGCAUCUGCUCCAACGAGGGCUCAGGCAAAUCUCCGCGCUACCCACCGUCCAGCUCUGCAGGACAGCCGGGCAGGGACUACGUCUGAGACAAUUACUGCAUCCAGAACGCUGUCUUACACACGUCAUUAACAUUUGUUUGAUGUAUGUUUGCAAGUGCUAUAUUUGGUGUAUGCUUAUAGUUGUUGGGAAAUACACUCCAUUCUUUGGUCGAAAAUGUCACAUAAAAUAUUUUUUGACGCAGUAUACUCAGAACAUCUCAGGAGUCAGGAGAUUUCUACAUACAACUUGCAUCCAUUUAGUAUUAAUCUGCUCAGGGUUUUAUGGUUUAGUUUUUGUUAUUUGCUUUGUUUGAAAUAUUGCUAUUAUACUUUUGUAUUAUGUCAAAUAAA